GUUCACUGAUCUACGCUGCUCCUCUCUGCUCUGGGAAAAUAUUAUCAUCAUCAUUAUCAAUCGGGCUCGCGCUCGCUUUUACGCACGGCAUUUCCUGCUUUCGCACGAGUGAUACAAAGAGGGAGUGUGAGUGAGUGUGUGUGUGUGUGUGUGUGUGUGUUUGUGUGUUUGAGUAUGUGAAUGUGUUAGAGAGAUAGAGAGCGUCCAGUGGAGCCAUGUAACUAACUAACGGCUCGGUUACUUAUUAACCCGUGUCCGGCGCAACAGCCCCGGUACAUAAGGCAUGCGCAGCGGCGUGGAGGCCGGAGGCUACCGGGGACCGUCCGUGCAGGAAGGUGAUCACUGGACGACGAUCUGACCCCAUACACAUGUUCCUUGUAACACGAUCGCUCAGCUUCAGAGACCUUUAAAUACAUUUCAGGGUCCACGUGGUGUAAAGUGAGCCAGUACAACUGUCCAGAGCUGCUCGGGACAGUGCUGCCAAGUAAGUGCCUUUUUUUUGUCACACCAAAAGAGAAGAGAGACGUGGAUCGCUUCUCAGACGUUCAGAUCCUCCCCCGACUUAAAUACCGCAGUGAAGUUCUUCUAAGCAGAUUGGAAAAUGUACCCUCCUCUUAUCGGUUGGCCUUAAAAAAAAAGAAAAAGGAGAAACGGCUGUGGUGAAUGGGGAACGUAAUUUGUAUGCUACCGAAGUUCAGGCAGGAUCUUAUGCAAAGCCUGGAGAGGGCUAAAGCACCUGCCUCUUUUACUCAACCUGUAGAGCGCGAAUUAUAAACCCGAGGAGCCGAGGAGCCACGUUCUGGAUGGGAUAAAUCGACACUGUAGAUCAGGUCAAGCACCGAUUGAAACUUAAAACUACAAGCAUCCUUCGUUUCUUCUGAUACAACACUCGACUUCAAGGCUUCCGCAUGGUCCUCUGGUCGAAAGAGCAAGACAAACUGCCCGACAUGUCCGCAGGGACGGAAAUCAUAGAGGUGAAGAAGGACUUCAUCUCUUCGAAUGGCUCGGUGCACCCGGUCAUCCUGGCUGCAGAGGCUGAGGAGAGGCAGCCGAGCGGCGGCGAGUAUGAGCUCACCGAGGUGACGUCUUUGCCGGAGCAACCCGAGGCGGAAAACGAGCGGACGGAAGUGGUGGUUAUCGACUGUCACGCCAACGCCAAGGGUCAGAGGGAAGAGGACGCUCUGCUGGAGAACGGCAGCCAAAGCAACGAGAGCGACGACACGAGCACGGGCCAAAGCCCGGUGCCACCAGUUCCUCUAAAGGAGACGUCUUUUUCCAUAGGACUGCAGGUCGUGUUCCCUUUCCUGCUGGCCGGGUUUGGGACGGUGGCGGCCGGGAUGGUCCUGGACAUAGUUCAACACUGGAAGGUGUUCUCCGAGGUGAACGAGGUCUUCAUCCUGGUGCCUGCUCUUCUGGGCCUGAAGGGGAAUCUGGAGAUGACGCUGGCCUCCAGACUGUCCACCGCGGCUAAUAUUGGACUGAUGGACACAGCCAAGGAGAUGUGGAAAAUGAUCAUGGGAAACCUCGCACUAAUUCAGGUUCAGGCCACGGUGGUUGGGUUUCUAGCCUCCAUCGCAGCAGUCAUUUUCGGCUGGAUCCCAGCAGGCCAAUUCAAUAUAGGUCAUGCUGUACUGCUGUGUGCAAGCAGCGUAGCUACAGCCUUCAUCGCUUCCUUGUUGCUAGGCCUUAUCAUGAUCGGCGUGAUCAUCGGCUCCAGAAAGGUCGGCAUCAACCCGGACAACGUGGCCACGCCCAUCGCUGCCAGUCUCGGAGACCUGAUUACUCUGGCAUUGCUGUCUGGCAUCAGCACUGGACUCUACCAGGAGCUGGAUUAUAACGAUUAUGCCAAUCCACUAGUCUGUGCCUUUUUCAUCGCCUUGACACCCAUCUGGGUCCUGAUUGCACGGCGAAUCCCCUCCACUCGAGAGGUGCUCUAUUCAGGGUGGGAGCCUGUGAUUAUCGCCAUGGCGAUCAGCAGUGUCGGAGGCCUCAUCCUGGACAAAACCGUGUCCAAUCCCAACUACGCUGGUAUGGCGGUGUUUACUCCGGUCAUUAACGGUGUGGCAGGUAACCUGGUGGCAGUGCAGGCCAGUCGCAUCUCCACAUACCUGCACAUGAACGGCCUCCCCAUCACCGAGCCAAAUCCGCCACCUCAGAAAUGCCCCACGCCAUGCAGCACAUUCUUAGGCUCAGGCGUGAAUUCCCGUUCUGCCCGAGUGCUCUUCCUCCUGGUGGCUCCUGGUCACCUUGUUUUCCUGUACACCAUCAGCUUAAUGCGGGCCGGACACACCACCCUCACCUACAUCUUCAUCGCUGUUUACCUGACCGCUGCCUUACUCCAGGUGAUGAUCCUGCUGUAUCUGGCUGACUGGAUGGUGCAGUGGAUGUGGAAGCGAGGGAUGGAUCCCGAUAACUUUUCCAUUCCCUACCUAACGGCCUUGGGCGACUUGCUAGGCACGGGCUUCCUGGCUCUGUGUUUCCACAUCCUGUGGAUGAUCGGCGAUAGAGACACAGACGUGGGUGACUGAAAGGCUUUGCUGAAGACCCGCGGGAAACCUCACAAGCCUUUAUUUAUCAAAAACAAACCAACAAAAAAAACCAUCACAAUGAGAUCUGCGAUAUUAUGGCUACAAUAGCCACUAUGAUUAUAAUAACUUGUAAUACUAUUGCUGAAGUACAGUAGUAAUAUGUAAUGAUUAUUACAUUAUUGCUUAUCUUCUCAUGGGAGAAGAGAAAUCCUCAUUAUUUUUCAAUGGGGAUGUUCUGCCCCCCUUUAUUAUUGCUCAGAGGUGUUGGCAGCAACGUGGCGGGGUUUUAAAAAAAAAAAAGGUCGACUCAAACUUGAAGUUUUCACCAGAAUUAGGAUGUUCAGACACACUAUGUGUAAGUGAUAUAAAUGAAGCAAUUAGUGGUAGUUUUCAGACCACAGCAAAGUGACCUUGAGUAUGCGUUGAUUACCUCUUAGGUUCCUCAUUAAUCUUUGAAAAGUUGGAUAACUGGAACGUUCUUUUUUUUUUUUUCUCUGAGCGAUUAUUAAGCACUCUUAGCUCGCAGACGACAGAACGAAUCAAAAAAUAGAACAAAUUUGUUUUUGUUGUUGUUGUACCAAGGCUGAAAUGAAAUCUGUUAAGCGCUAAAAUUGUUCAAAGCAAGUCACCAAGCUGCAAGUGCAGCAGUUUAAUCUAAGAUCAGAUCAAGAUCCUGUAGCUCACCUUCACCAGGUAUAAUAAAUAAGGUUAAACAUGCCUUCUGCUAAUAAUAGCUCCUGUACUGUACGAAUAGAGGAAUAAAUGCACCACAUACGGUUAGCCACUUCACUUUCAGGGGAUCCUGAGCAGGUCAAGUAACGCUGUGCUUUUUUUUUUUUUUUUGGAUUCUUUGCGAGCAUGUAACAUUUUUCUAUUAAACUGUUGUUUUAAUAACCUUGCUACGAAACUUAGAAGGGCUAAUUUGUUGUGCAGAUCCGAUGCACUUUGGGACGGGGUUGUGCGGGGAUGAGCGGAUAUGGUGGGGUGGGGUUUGGUGGGGUGGGGUGGGGUGGUUUGAGGGUGGUGGGUUUACUUCAGAAAAACAAAUACUGGUUCUCUCAUUGAUGAGCCAAUAGUGUUUGCACCAACAUUCGACUUAAAGUCAUCGGUAUAAUGGUAUAAUAAUCCAGACCCUAUGAAAACUUGAACUUGCUAAUGGUUUGUCUUAUAAGAGCAGAUAAUCUUCAGUACUAGGCUUUAGAACAGGAAGUUCUUUAAUUAUUUUUAAUCAGUAGUUAAUACGUGUACACCGAGGUGCCAAUAUUUACGGUUUAGAAAGAGCAUUUUUGGGCCCCCUGAUAUAGUAAUAGAGAAGACACACACACAAAAAAAAUGUUUUCUGCUUUUUAAGCCAAUAAAAAAGACAUCACUGAAGCAGAAAGAUUCUCAUGUGCUUCUGCUUGUGGUUUCUUUCAUCACAAUAGUUCAGUAGACCAAUCCAAGCAUUCGGAAAUCACGUAGCAUCGAGCUCACAGGCGCGCGUGACCGCCUAGCAUGACAGCAGAGACUUUAGCACGGUGCACUAACAUAGCCAACUCGCUGAAUAAAUGUCCAGCCUUAACGCUUUCUCCAUCUUGACCAUGUCUCACCUUCAUCUAAUCCUGGUCUUGGACUUGGAGGAAAAAAAUGACAAACUUGGUUACAGCUCUCUCUCCGAGGCAUGAUGGACACAUGAAGCACCACCACUCUGAAACCAUACUAUAAAAUAGUAUCGUGACUCAUUAACAGGGUUGGGGAUAUGAUUCCCAUCUCUGCUCUGUGUGUGUGGAGUUUGCAUGUUCUUCCCUGCUUCAAGGUUUCCUUGAGGUUCUCCAGUUUCCUCCCCUAGUCCAGAGACAUGCCUGAUUAGUGUCUCUAAAUUUUCUGUAGCAUGUGUGUGUGUCCUGCGAUGUGUUAGCACCCCAUCCAGGGUAACACCCUGUGUCUGCUGGGAUAGACUACAGGUUCUGCUUGAUCCUGUGUAGGAUCAACACUACAGAAAAUGGAUGGAUGGAUAGAUAGAUAAAUGAUCUUGCCAUUCAGUCAUGUUAGCAGCUUAUGAGAACUUUUAUGUAACGGGACCUUUAAAGUGGUUAAGAUGUUGGACUUGUGCUCAGAAGGUUGUGAGUUCAAAUCCCAGGGCCAACAAGCUGCCAUUCCUGGGCUCCGGAGCAAGUCACUUAACCCUCAAUUGCUUAGCUGUUUAAAUGUAACUCACUCUGGAUAAAGGCGUCUGCCAAAUGCCGUAAAUGUUGGCACUUCUGUGUAAACACGCACACAGAGUUACCUUUAACCCUCUAAGAGUUCAGUUCUUGUGUCUUCACUUGUCUGGUGUGGUUGAAGUGGAAGGUCUGUCUUUGCUUUAUGUUAUGCUUUAUGCUACAACGGGGCCAGCAGAAUGGAUUGUGCUGAGCACAGAACAUUUAACAAACAAACAAACAAACAAACAAAAGCACUGUGCGUAUAACUGACACAGAUUCCCUUCAUACUGUAAACGUCGUCUCACGACAACAGAACGGUUCACUGUGCAAAGCGUACUGUAACCCAGGGAGCACUAGCUUCGUAGGACUCCUGUCUCGUGUAUCACGUGCGCAGAGUGUGUCCCGCCAUGACGCGUCCAGCCGUCCUGAAGUCGUCUCGCCGCGCGGCUCGCGCCACCGCCGUUCCCAUGACAGCCCUCUGGUUGUGAAGGGUAUGGGAUUGCUCUGUUUAUUUAUUUCUAGAGAAGCAUAAAAAGCAAAAAUGUGUAUAUAUAAUAUAUUUAUUCUAUAAAUAAGCUGUUUAUUUUUAAUUGUAUUCAUUGUUUUUUUUUUUUCCUUUGCAUUUUUUUUUUUUUUGGGCCAGAAGAAAUGUAAUUUACUGUAUUUUUGUUUUUUAACUUAACAUAAAUAUCAGAUGUCGGUGCCUAAUAAUUUCUGAAACCUCACACGACAAGCUGGUUCGGUAGCUCACUGAACGUCGUAGGCCUUAACCGCAGCACAGCUCAACACCUACUAGCUUUUUUUUUUGUUUGUUUGUUUUUUUUUUUUGUAUACUGUACCACAAUGAUUUUAAUGCAUAAAAUAGUAAAAAGCGUUUUGAUUUUUGAUUGAGCUGUUUUGCCGGCAGCAGAAGAUCAGUGUACGAUCGUAGGUAGAAGAGCAGAAACGACGAAUAAUCACAAAAACAAAUCAAGCCAAGGUCAAAUCUGUACCUGAGCUCAGAUAGCGAUUCAUUGGAUGUUAAGCUUCUGUGUAACAGCUACUUGGUAGUGCAGGAGAUAGAGAUAGACAGAGAAAUAGAGAGACAGAGACAGAGAGACGUGUGUGUUUUAUAGACACCUGUUUUUCUUCCUGCUUCCUUCUACCCUGCACCCUGCUGCUCCAGAGGGGACUCAACAGUGGUACUUGUAAUUUGCUGGAAAUAAAGGAAUAUAUUAUUCCGUC